AUAAACAGUAAUGAUUAUUUUCUGUGUUUAAAUCUCAAGUCUACCACUACACACAUUCAUAUAAGAGCAAACCUUUGAUGUGCUAACCAAACACCAAAAAAAAAAAGAGAAGAGCUCAAGAAUAAGAAAGAAGAAGAAAAUGGCCAAAGUAGUAUCAGAGAAGAUGAAGCUUGUGGUGGCAUUGAUCACACUUCAGUUCUGUUUUGCAGGCUUCCACAUUGUCUCCAGAGUUGCUCUUAACAUUGGUGUCAGCAAAGUUGUGUACCCUGUUUAUAGGAAUCUUCUUGCCCUUCUCCUUAUAGGUCCUUUCGCUUACUUCCUUGAAAAAAAGGAAAGGCCUCCACUCACUAUCUCUUUACUGGUUCAGUUUUUCCUCUUGGCACUCAUUGGAAUCACAGCAAACCAAGGAUUCUAUCUAUUGGGACUGUACUAUGCAACUCCAACUUUUGCUUCCGCAAUGCAAAACUCUGUUCCUGCCAUCACUUUCAUCAUGGCUUGUGCCCUACGGUUGGAGCACAUAGACUUGGUGAAGAAACACGGUGUGGCCAAAGUAUUGGGAACCCUAGUGAGCAUCGGUGGAGCCACAGUGAUCACAUUGUACAGAGGGUUUCCUAUGUUUCACAAGGGCCUUAACUUGCAUGAGGAUGAAGAGACAGUAUCUAACAAAUCUCAGAACUGGACAAUGGGAUGGUUAUACCUUAUGGGACAUUGUCUGUCAUGGGCUGGUUGGAUGGUUCUUCAAGCUCCUGUGCUAAAGAAGUACCCAGCAAAGCUUACACUAACAUCGUUCACAUGUUUCUUUGGCCUGGUUCAGUUUCUGGUCAUUGCUCUGUUUGUGGAAACUGAUCUCAAUAACUGGAUCAUUGUCUCUUGGGAAGAGCUCUUCACCAUCCUAUAUGCUGGAAUAAUAGCGUCAGGGUUAGUAGUUUAUCUUCAGACAUGGUGUAUCUACAAAGGCGGUCCUGUCUUUGUAGCAGUCUUCCAGCCUCUCCAGACACUUCUUGUUGCUGCAAUGGCGUUUCUUGUUCUUGGUGAUCAGUUGUACUCUGGAAGUGUUCUUGGUGCAGUGUUCAUAAUGCUGGGACUCUACUUAGUUCUUUGGGGAAAGAAUGAAGAAAGAAGACAGAAGGUUGAAGAGACAAGUCAACAAGAUCCAGAGUCUCUAACCAAACAUCUACUCGAGGAACACUGAUUCUGAAUUGUUUACACUUCUCUGUACAUACACACACAAGAACUUGGCCAAGACAGCUGCUCCUCAAGUGGGUCUUUUUUUUUAUUGGGGUCAAAAUGGGUCUUUACACUUUUCAUACAAUGAAUCAAUAUUCUAGUCGUUUUACUUUUUGAGUUGUAAUCAAAAUUGGGUUGCAAUUAAUGAAUAAAAUGAAAAGAAGAUUAAAACUGAAUCAAAGUUGACAAUGAAGAAGGUAAAAUAGUAUUUUAUGUUCUGGUUUUUGGUCUGGUUGUUGACAGACCAAUGAGCUGGUGAAACUAAAUAUUCAUGCAACUAUGUACUGUAUAUUAAGCUUUUAUACAACGAAUCUGUAACAUUUGAGUCGAAGCACUUGAAGUCUCUGGUGAACCACCACCUGCAAUCAGGAACCUCUUGCUCACCAGACACCUGACAACACAUAAAGCAUCAAUGUACAUCAGCAGCAUGGCUCCCCUUCUUGUCAAAAACCAAACCUUUCACAGUGUCAGUGUGUAUCAUCCACUCUCACCAAGCUACUUAACAAUCUUGAUAUCAAGCAAAUCCACUAUCUCUGGCUUGUCCAGAUCAAUAACCGAAAGAACUGCAUCUACAAGCUAA